GCACGGCCUUCUCGGUGUAGUGAAAGACAUUAUUCAUUGCAAGGGCUAAAGACGACACACAUGACGGGGUUUUCGAUAGAUAAACCCUUCUUUCCGUAAUUCCGUGACCAACGCAAAACACCUCUUCGUAAUGUUAGGCCAUUGUAGUGACCUGUUUUAAUCAGUUCCAUCCUUGUUCGAGAUGUUUCAUUACAACGUGCUGGUUUUACAUAAUUAGGCCUCUUUUUCGUGGUCCUGGAUGGUGGAUUAUUUGUGUGCAGUGUGUUGUUCGUAUCGUGUCACGUUAGGAGGUUAGUGGGUAUGUGUGAUUUAGCUCAGGUUACCAUCGUCAUUGCGUCCAAGAAAGUAGGCGCUGUUCAGCGCCAUCUCUGAUCUGCUCGAGAGAGGACGCAAACACACGAAAAAAAGCAAUCAGUGUUACAGAAAGUUAAGCUCGUUUGCCUGCCUCCGUGUGUUGUGCUGUGUGAAGUGUGUGUUGGAAAGUGGCCCUUAUUUUCUUCUUUCGCCUAAAGGGCAGUACGAACGUACGUGCGUCUUGUCUGUGCAGCAGCUGUCUGAUUGUGUGUGAAUUUCUAUAGUACCUUGGUGGAUGUAAAAUUGAGUACCUUUUUCGUAACUCCCCGUUCGUGGCAAAGCAGGCGAAAUGGCGCUCUCAUCCGAUCCGUACGAGCAGAAGCUGUAUCACAUGUUCCAGUCGCACAGUACCGGCGACGGUACCGGUGGACUCGAUCGAGAUUCGCUCGUCAAGCUGUGCCGCACACUGGAGUUGAAGGAGCGAGGCCAUCUGUUGGUCAAGUGUUUGAUGACCGGUUCCAAGACGCACGUCAGCUUCCGCGAAUUUCGCGAAGGACUGUUGCACAUCCUUGGCGGUAACGAGGACUCGAUCGCGGCUACUGGCAGCGAAAUGGAGGGUAUGCCCACGCUGACAACGAUGGCGUUCAACCGAGCGGAGGAAACAUACGAAGGAGAAGGCUCCGAUCAUCCGGAUCAGCAGCAGCCGCAGCAACAGCAGCAGCAGCAACAGCAACAGCAACAGCAAUUAGCGUCCCAGCAGAUGGACUCAUAUUCCUCACCAGUCUGCCUUACGUCGGGGGGCAAAAGCAAUCACAUCGUUGGAAACAAGGAUGGAGGCAGCAGUAGUAGCAGCAGUAGUAGUACUUCGGGAGUGUCAUCCACGUCCGGCCCGCCUUCAUCAUUCCACCCUUCCGGAGGUAGCAAUGUGUCAAAUGGCAGCAGCAGCAGCAACACACACAAGCACCGAUCGACAGUCCAACGAAAUUCGGCCGCGAAAAACAUUCCACGUAAAUUGGACACUUUGCAGCACAACAGCAGCAGCCUUACCAAAGCGAACGAGAAGCAACAGAACGUAAGCCUCUCGGCGUUAAUCGGUCAAGCGAAGCCGUCACCACAGCUCGACGACAGUAAGAAGAAGGAGGCGUGCGAUGAUGAUGGCGUUCCGGUGGAUGAUAAUGAAUUCAUGAAUCACCGAAACUGUGCGCUUAAACUCGAACGGAACGAUUUGGUGGUUGAAAAGGCGGCAGAAACCACCGUGCUGGAUGACUCUUCCGAUCGGGAAGUAUCGCCGAAGUUUGUCGUCGGUACAAAGAAGUACGGGCGCCGGUCAAGGCCACGCGAGGAUGUGAAUGGGCUCGAUUCAUCUUCGCUUUCGUCCAACUCGGACAACGAAUCGGUCACAGUGAAACAUCCCGUGGUGAAAGAGGAAGGACCACGGCAAAAUGUCAUAACCGCGCCCGCAGGCGGUAACAUUGCCUCAUCCAAAGUGCAACGGUCGGCAUCCCAGAGUGACAUCCACGGUUCCAAACGACGCCGACCGGUAGUCGGAGCUGGUGCGGGUGUGCAUCGGUUAAAACGCUGUGCCUCGCUACCUACGCACCGGCAACGUCCGACAAUAGUGGACAGCAAGCGGAACGCAGCCACCACUACGGUCACGAUCCGCGAGCAGCUGCACAUGGACGACGAACGCAUCGAUCAGAAGAUUUACUUUAUGAACUUAUCGGAGAAUUUGCGUGAAAUUUGGAACUCGCUUCUGCUCGACUGCGAUCGUCGGCAUGGAGAUCUGCUGAACCAAACUCAGCUGGAGGAGGUGUGCGAGCGGGUAGGUCUGCAGAAGGUGCCUGCUCGGUUGGCUGCACAGGAAGUGUUCAACAAGCUGUCGCUGCAACCGGACGAAGGUAUCGGAUUUGAGGAAUUUAUUGCUCUGCUCGAAAGCAACACCGAUCUGCUACCGAUGAGUGAAACCAAGGAACUGCAGCUUGAUGAUUGCGGUGGCGGUCCACGGGGUGGUUGUCCCACGGCCGUCGUUACGGCAGAAGAAAGCACUUUCACACUUGCAUUGCCUCCAGAUUGGACAUCAGAAAUAGGAUCCCUGGCAGCUUCCAUCAUCAUUGACAUGUGGGAAUCAGCUGGCAUAGAAACGCCAUCCAAUUUGCUGCACGAACUGGGCUUCAAUCGGGACGUGAUACAUGUCGCGGAUUUGGUGCAAGCACUCGAGGAGGAACAUCAGCGGCUUGUUGGUGGCCACCUCAAUAGCAGCACCAUCAGCAACAUCAGCAGCAACCCGUUCGACGAUGCUGCACUCAUCGUGCGAGCCUCGCUGGUGCUGCACAAGGCAGAAGUGACUGCACUACGCCAAGCGUUCCAUCAGCUGGUGGAAGAGAACAAGAAACUGUACGCCGACAAUAAGGAGGUAAACCAUCGAGCCGUGCUGCUGGCGCAGGAAGUAGACGAACGUCACAAUUCACUGGAGAACUCUACACGCUCGAAGAUUCGCCAGCUAGAGCAGCGGCAUCACGAAACGGUCAAGGAGCUGACCUCACAGCUAGCCUUUGAGCGGGAGCAACUGGCAAACGCACAUGUGCUGCUCGAGAAACGCAUCCAAACGCUCGAGGGCGAAGAGAGCAAACUGAGGACGGAAAUGUCCCGGUUGGCAGAGGAAAACGAGGAACUGCGCCAGGAUCAGGAGAAUCUAACGAAGGAGAUAACGGACCUGCUGGAGAAGAACAUCAAGCUGAACCGAGAUAUUGCCGAGCUGGAGGAAAACAAUCGGAACGAUUACGCGGACGACGAUGAGUGUGGCUUUGUGCGGAAGGACAGCGAGGAAGUGCUGGACCUGAUCGAUCGGAUAUCGUUGCUGCAGAGCGAAAACACGGGUUUGCGCGAUAAGAACGAUGAGCUGAGCGCGGAGAUUGAAAUGCUCAGCGUGGAGCUCGGCAAGUUUAAGCUUAAACGGUGCACCGUGGUUUCGGACGACUUGAGUGCACCGACGUCGUGCGUGGAAGGUUCUACCGGCAGCUCGGCUGCCAUCAAGCGUCGUGGUGAUUCGCCGAGUAAGACGCGCCUGUCGGAUGAGAGCCCCCGACUGGGUAAAUUUCGCCGAUGCAGCAACGAAAAUGACAUCGAAUCGGACUCUUCUUCGGGCGAUUGGAUGGCCUUGCAUUCGGAACUGGGGCAAAGUAUCCGGUGCUCCGGUGAGGAUGCUCCUGCCGGUGGUGCUGUGGUUCCGAGCUGCGCCGAUCUGACGGGUACAUCAUCCGGAAUUUCAAGCAUGAACGAAUCGUCAUUGAACCGUGACGCUGAAAUCAAGGCAUUGCGUACAAGAAUCGAAGAGCUUGAGAUAGAGUUGAAGGAAGCGAAACAUAAUUUGGCUGAGAAAACGGUUGAGGAGGUGCCAUUGCAGGGCGCUGCUGCACCGGCUAAGAAGGAUGAAGGAGAAGAUAGCAGCAAGCUGAAGGCACGCUGCGACGAGCUCGAGUCCAGCCUGGAGCAGAUGCGCAAAGAGUACGAAGACUGCGAGGACUAUUGGCAGGCGAAGGUGAACGAUGAAAGGUUGCUGUACGAAGAAGAGCAGCGAAUGAACGAUGAAAAGUUUACCGAGCUGCUGAAGAAGGUUGCCGAGUACGAGGAACAGUUUGCGGGUCAUUCGAAGCUGGAGAAGGAUGGCCGGUUGUCGCCGAUCGACGAAAAGGACGGCUUGGAGCAGCAGUAUCUCGAGCUGGAAGCGGACUUUGAGCAAGCACAGAUAGCGCUGGAGGAAAGGACGGCCGAGGUGGAAAGGUUACGCCGAAGAAUACAGGACAUGGAGCAGAUGCACAAAUAUCCUUCAGAAAUGCUACUUUCUCCAUCACCGCGAGUUGAAACACCGGAGGCGGAAGAGCGUCCUGCCAGCUCUCCGAUAAGUUAUCUGUGGAAUCAAAGCACCAUCCAGCGACCAGUGCGCGACUAUCAAAAUCCCAACUGGCGUCCACCGGUGGCAGUUAACGCCGCACCCGAAGCAGAUACUCCGACCGAAGACAAGUGCUCGGUGGCUGUGAUGGCGACCGUGCAAAACGCAUCGCCUCCUCGGGACGGUGGUUCAUCGGGCAUCGAAGUGGAUGAGUUGGGUGCGUCGAGUUUCGACCGAGUAAUUUCACCUAUCCAGAAGCCAACCAAUGGUGAAAGCUGCGAUGCGAAGGAAAUCGAAGACGCAGCCCAACACUGUACCACGGUGGCGCUGUUGGAUCAGAUCGAUGCGUCCGAUGCAUGUUCGGUCAAGUCGGCGCGCAGCACUCACAGUCUCGCUUCAACGCACAGCAUCCAACAUUCUGCGGCCAACUCGGAGGGAAGUGCCAGCGGGAUGCAAACGAAGCAUAUGCGGCUGAUGCAGCUACAGUUGCAGGACGAAAUCAAGGAUCUUACUCAUGAGCGCGAUUGUCUCAUGAUGGAGCUGCAGCAGCUGAAGGAAGCCAAAUCGGUGUUGGCACGGUCUUAUGCCAAAACGGCUUCCCAUCCUAACCAGAUGCAAAAGAUACAGAACCUGGAGCAGAAGAAUCGCCAUCUGCAGAUGAUGGUGAAACAGCAGCAGCAGUACACCGAGUCCAUAUUGCAUCAAAUCUGGCAGCAGCAGCGCAGCGAAAUCAACGAUUUGCGCAACCGGCUGGAAGCUCAGUGCACCGUCAUAUCGGACCAGGCGGCCCGGCUGGCCAACAACGAUAUACUAGUCAAGGACAUGUACGCAGAAAACUCGCAGCUGAUGCUCCAGGUGCAGCGGCUCGAGCAUCAGUGUAAUCGGGCCAACUGGAUGCAACAGUACAGCAGCCAAUCGAACUCGUCCUCGGGCAGUCAUCAUGGGCUGAGCGGCAUAAUGCCCGGGCUACCGUAGCGCCCCGUCAUCGCAAAUCAGUAAGCACGCAGCCGUUUCCUCAUGUUUGAUGUUUUUGUUUCCAUUUAGUGGUCAUGUUACGUGUUGCCCAUCAGGCGUUUUUGCCAUUUUUCCGUAGUUUUGUUUUGUGAGAGCCUGAUGAACUGGUCAGCCAGUUGUACACACACGGCCUAAUAAGGUGUGGGAAGGUGAAGUGCGUGUGGCCAGUCACGUGCGUAUAGUCUCGUCAUUUUUAUACGGUUGUUUCUAUAAAUAUGAUCGAAGCUCGCUAUUUUACACUGUGUAAUAAUAUUUUCCCCACUAUCAUUUCCUUACUUCACUCCUACCCUCUCUCUCUCUCUCUCUGUUUAGUUGUAUGUUUAUCGAAAAGUGUGUGUGUGUGCGUGGCACAGACACAAAGCAUACUAAAUGUAUAUUGAAUUUUAAGAAAUAUGCCCAUCAUGCAUGAAGAUGUGUGUAGCAAUCAUGCUGGUAUGCCAUUCGCGAAUUGGUAUGUUUUGUACCGUUUCAUGGUUCUGCGUUUUAACUGUGUUGUAAGAUAAGAGAGAGCUUAUAUAGAUAUGCGUACACGUACAAUGGUUCUGUUUUUCUUCGAAAGGGGCAUGGUUCAAGACGGUGUUUGACAACAUCGAAAAAGGGUUUUCUAUUUAUUGAAUGUGUGCAGUAAUUGUUUAGAUUUGUUCGAACUGAAGCUCCCCGAGAUAUUGAACAUGUUGUGCCGUUGCGAACCUACGAGCAGCAGCAGCAGCAGCUACUUACGCUACAGCUAAUCUAUUACUAAAUCCGUAUAUUGUCGGUUACGAAAGACAUUGUGAAACUAACACACAUUCUUAAUUGUUACUAAAGAUCUGUGAUUUGUAGCGGAAUGCAAACAAAAAGGCGUUGUAGCAGCAGCUAGCUGUUGGGCAAGAUGAAAAUUACUCGCCAGGAAUUGUAUAAAGUUCGGGUUUGCAUUGUAACAUUUCUAUGCUAUUGCAUCUAACACUACAAAAGCAGCAUAUAAAGGCACAGGGGAGGGGGUAUGUUUUCCUAUUCUUUUAUCAGCACACGAUCGCGAUAAACGCAAUAAACCUCCUCCUAAUUGCAAACUAGGCAAGGGCAAGGCUAAAAUGAAAGCUCUAGAACGCAACAACAAAAAUCAACUCAUAUUAAAUUAUAAAACAAAGUACUAUCCUAUUCGAGUUGUUGCAAGGGAAGAAAAGACAUUAGGAAAACGGUGUGUAAAAGAACGAUGGGCUGAUAUUUUAGUAUAAGUGGAGUAGAAGCUAACCAACGGACUUUUGUAAGUCUUUAAAAAAGAAAGUCUAGAGCAUGUGAACAUCACGCACAGUUGUGUGCUAUUCGAGCAAAUUAUGAAAUACAGUAAUUACAUACAGUAAACAGACGAGUGAAGUAAAAGUGACAUUAUACGCGCAGUCCUAAAACUAAAUACUAUUAUUCUAAAAGAAGGUAACUACUAACAAGCAGGAAGCUGACACAACCAAUGAUGUGUUGCGUACGGAGCGUUAAAGACCUAUACAGUACAGUAAAGAAGACAUUUUAUUACGUUGUCGGAAUCUGUCCGAACGGUUCUGCAUACCUGUGUUUGGUAGAAAUUGUAAAAAAACAAGGGAAAUAUUUAUUACCGAU